CGAAUUUAGACAGAAAAAAUAUCAAGUCACUCCAUCAAAGACUAGAGAGUAGAGAGUUUACAAAAGAAAAUAGAAAAAAAAGGAAAAUCCCUUGAUUUUACCUUUCUCUCUUUUUCGUCUCCGUCUCGACAAUUUCAAUUAUUUCUCUCCUCCGCAAUCUUCCCUUUUCCCGUGCUUGUCGUUGAUUUCAAAAACCCAAAAUUUUCUUGUUCAUAAUCACAGUCAAUUUUCCCUAUCGGGAUUCAUUUGAUUCAGCAUCUUUGAACUUAUCGACGAAAAAUCAAGUAACUUAAAACCCUAAUUUUUUCGAUUGUUGGGUUACUCACUUGAUCUUCAUGUUUGGAAACCCUAAUUUUACCUAGGGUUUCUGAUUCGGGAAUUUUUUAGUGUUGGGGGAUUAGGGUUUAGGAUUUCAGCUGGAAUUUCUGUUUUAUUGGAUUCAGAAAUAAUAGUUAGGUGAAUGGUGGACGCAGUAUGCUGCUGAUAGUUUGGAGAAAUGCACCGUUAUCAUGCUGGUAGUUGCGCUAGUGCUGUUAAUAACAACACUGCUCUUGGAGGUGUUUCCAGCAGAGACUCGAGUGUUCGAAGUGAUUCGUCAUCGUUGUCUUCGAAUUUCUCUGUAAACUCGAGGCGGGUUCCACCACUUGCUCCAUACAGAUUGAAGUGUGAGAAAGAGCCACUCAAUUCUCGCCUCGGCCCACCAGACUUCCAUCCUCAAAAUUUUAAUUGCUUGGAAGAGACUCUAACCAAGGAGUAUGUGCAAUCUGGAUACAGAGAAACUGUCGAGGGACUUGAGGAAGCUAAAGAGAUCUCGGUCACACAAAUUAAUAAUUUUUCAAAGCCUGUUGUACUUAAAUGCAAAGAGGCCAUUAGAAAACGUCUUAGAGCUAUUAAUGAGUCUCGUGCUCAGAAGCGUAAGGCUGGCCAAGUUUAUGGGGAACCACUUUCUGGUACCUUGUUGAGUAAGCCUGGUGUUUUUCCAGAGCAGAAGUCUUAUGGUGAAGACUUCAAGAAGAGGUGGAUUGAGGGCUUAUCUCAAUACCACAAAAGUCUUCGGUCUCUUGUUGAUCAUGUUCCUUAUGGCUAUAGGAAGAAGUUUUUAUUUGAUGUUCUUAUCAGAAACAAUGUUCCCUUGCUUAGAGCAACAUGGUUUAUUAAAAUCAACUAUCUCAACCAGAUUAAGCCAGGAUCUUCCAGUGUCUCUUCCGGAUCUCCUGACAAAACUCAGUUGUCUCGUACUGAGAUUUGGACAAAGGAUAUCACUGAUUAUUUGCAGUGUCUUCUGGAUGAGCUUUUCUCAAAAGGUAACUCUCAUUCUGUUCCACCAAAUCGAGAUCGAUCACAGCAAAUGUUAUACACUUCAUCAAUGCAACAAAAGUGUGAUCCAGCUUCACUGCCCAUGGAUUCUGGGGAGCCAUCAUUGCAUUUUAAGUGGUGGUAUGUGGUGCGCCUUCUUAAUUGGCACCAUGCUGAAGGACUUGUUCUUCCUUCUCAAGUGAUUGACUGGGUCUUUCUGCAGUUUCAGGAUAAGGAUUUGCUUCAGGUUAUGCAGUUUCUGCUCCCAAUCAUAUACGGACUACUAGAAACCCUAACUUCAUGUCAGAGUUAUGUGCGUAAACUUGUGGACAUCACUCUGCGUUUUCUCAAGGAACCUUCCAUGAGUGGUUCUGAUCUUGUCAAUAAUCCUAGGAGAGCAUAUACUUGUUCUGCUCUUGUUGAGAUGCUUCAAUACCUCAUACUGUCUGUGCCGGAUACAUUUGUUGGUCUGGAUUGCUUUCCUUCGCCUCACCUGUUGAUGUUCAAAGAAAGUGAUGGAUCAUUUCUUUCUAGGUUACCUGUAGAUGAACACCUGAAGACUAAUCCUGAAGAAGUUUCCCAUGCUCCAAGAGACAAGUAUUCUGAUGCUAAAUAUCCACCAUCAUGGUUUAGACGUGUAGUUUCAUCAAUUCAGAAACGAGCUACUUAUCUGGCAAAGGCUGCAAGCCCUGGUUUUUCUGGACAGAAUGUUGCUAAAGUUGUGCAGGUGUUGGAUAAAGCUCUUGUGCAAGGAGAGGUUGGAGAGGCGUACGUGUUACUGUUUGAAGGUCUGUCUGAUUCCUCUGUGCAUGAAGGUUGGAUUGCAGAAGUAAGCCCAUGCUUAAGAUCAUCAUUGAAGGAGAUGCAAUUUGUUAGCUCUUCAUUAAUUCAUUCUGUAUUUCUUCUCUGCGAAUGGUGUACUUGUGAAUUUAGAGAUUUCAGAAGUUCACCCAUACAUGAUGUAAGGUUUACCGGAAGAAAAGAUUUUUCUCAACUUUAUGUUGCUGUUAGGCUAAUGAAACUGAAAAUGAGGGAAAUACAAAGAUCAUAUCAGGGUAGUAAAGCUUCUGAUAAAAGGGUAGGUGGACUAUCUUUUGACAGAAAAAUCAAUUGGAGAAAGCUAGAAAAGAAUUGCGUAGAAACAUCAGAUUUUUUUGAAAGCCCUGGCCCCUUGCAUGAUAUUGUAGUAUGCUGGAUGGAUCAACAUGAAGCACAAAAAGGUGAGGGUUCUAAGCGUGUCCAGUUACUUCUCAUUGAACUCACUCGGUUUGGAAUUUUCUCUCCAUUGGCAUAUGCAAGGCAGUUACUUGUUAGUGGGAUCAUGGACAAAAAUGGCCCUGUUGCUGAUCCAGACAGACGGAGGAGGCAUUGCAUGAUCUUGAAACAACUUUCUGUUUCCUGUAUGCAUGAUGUUUUUGAUGAAUCACAAAGUGCUGACAGAUCACUCCUGUUGGAAGCAAUUCAUAUCUACUCUAAUGAAAGGCGUCUUCUUCUUCGUGGAAUACUUCGCGAUGAGCAUACACAAAAAAAGAAUGCUAAUGUUGCACCCAAGAUGAAGAGAAAGCGCUCUGAUUCUCAAAGGGAUCAUGCUUCAUCUCCUUCCGUAUAUCAGUUGAAAACAUUGCAGUCAUUGUCUGAUGUGUCUCAAAACAAAAGUAAGAAAAAUGAUCCGAACCUCGAAGAAUUGAAACUCUCUAUUCUAGAUGUCUUGCUCCUGCCAAAAUCUGCUGCCAAUGUCGUAGCAGAUGAAUCUCAAGUGAGUCUGAAAAGGUCCGCUGGGCUCAUUACUAGCAAGCUAGAUAUUUCUGAAGGAACUCCUGGUUGUGAAGAAUGUCGAAGGAUGAAACGACAGAAGUUGGAUGAAGAUAAAUAUUCAUUCCUUCAAGGUUCCUCAUCAAAUGUUAUAGAUGAAGAUAAUUGGUGGGCCAGAAAAGAGCCAAAAUCUCUGGAUUCUUUGAAAGUAGAUCGACCGAUUAAGCUAAGCAAACAGACGAUAAGAAGUAGACUGAAGUCUGUGCGUAAAACACAAAGCCUUGCCCAACUUGCUGCUUCAAGAAUUGAGGGGAGUCAGGGAGCAUCUACGAGCCAUGUUUGUGAUAAUAAGGUAGGAUGUGCUCACCAUGGGCCAGUUCCAGAAGGGGAUGUGCUUAAAUCUGCUGAUGGGAGCAGAGCUACAAAUGUUGCAGAUAUUGUUUUAAUUGGAAAGAUGUUGAAGCGACUGAAGUUUGCAGAAAAGAGGAGCAUAUCUGCUUGGCUAAUUAGUUAUGUGAAGCAGAUUGUUGAAGAAACGGAAAGAGUGUCUGUCAAGGGUGCCCAGCUGCAUAGACCUUUAUCUGGUGUUGAUGAAAAGAGCUCUGCAAGGUGGAAGCUUGGUGAGGAUGAAUUGUCUGUCAUACUUUAUUUGAUGGACAUGUGUUGUGAAGUACCCUCAGCAAUCAGAUUUCUUAUUUGGCUGUUUCCUAAGGCUCUUGGUAAUUUAAAUACCCCUGGUGGGAGGAGUAUGCUGAUGUUGCCAAGGAAUGUGGAAAGCCAUGCAUGUGAAGUGAAGGAGCCAUUUCUCUUAUCAGCUAUUCGAAGGUACGAGAACAUUAUUGCUGCAGUUGAUCUGGUUCCUCAAAUCUUGUCGAGUGCAAUGCAUCGUGCUGCAACUGUUUUGGCCUCCAAUGGAAGGCUUUUAGGUUCACCAACAUUCUUAUAUGCUAGGUAUUUGCUGAAGAAGUAUGGCAAUGUGAACAGUGUGAUAGAAUGGGAGAAAACUUUCAAGGUAACAUGCGACCAGAGGCUUGUUUCUGAACUUGAAUCUAGUAAAUUGCAAAAUGGAGAAUAUGGCUUCACUUUUGCUGUUCCAGCUGGUGUUGAUGAUCUUGAUGAUUUUAUUCGGCAAAAAAUAGGCAGCAAUCGAUUGUCUAGAACUGGUAUGAAUAUGAGGGAAAUUGUGCAAAGAUUUGUUGAUGACGCAGUUCAAGUUCUUUUUGGCAAAGAAAGAAAACUUUUUGGGCCUGGUGCUCAGAAGAAUGCUGGAAUAGAUAAAUGGGACGAGGGUUAUCAAAUAGCUCAGCAAAUUAUUAGUAAGCUAAUGGAAUCCAUUAGGCUGACAGGUGGUGCUGCUCAAGAAGGGGACCCAUCUUUGGUGUCUUCUGCUGUUUCUGCAAUUGUUGGCAAUGUUGGGCUUGCUAUUGCGAAAAUGCCUGAUUUCACAGCAGUCAGUAACUAUUCUAACAUUCCAGCUCCAACCGGGUCACUGAGUUUCGCUCGUCGAGUUCUGCGGAUACAUAUAAAUUGUUUGUGCCUACUCAAGGAAGCUCUUGGUGAGAGGCAUAGCCGUGCAUUCGAGAUAGCCCUUGCAACUGAGGCCACUUCAGCCCUUGCUGGAGUUCUCUCUCCAAGUAAAGGUGCUCGAGGUCAAUAUCAGAUGUCACCUGAUACUCACGAGUCGGCUAUGAAUGUGUCAAAUGAUGUGCCAAAUAAUUCUGCAAAAGUUGCUGUUGGAAGGGCAACAAAGAUUGCUGCCGCUGUGUCAGCUCUAAUCAUUGGGGCAAUUAUUCAUGGGGUCUCUAGUUUGGAGAGAAUGGUAACAGUCUUUAGACUUAGAGAAAGUUUAGACUUGGUACAUUUUGUGAGGAGUUCUAGAUCCCACUCCAAUGGAAAUGCUAGAUCUUCUGGGGCCCAAAAGAUGGAAACUACGCUUGAAGUUUAUAUUCAUUGGUUUAGGCUACUUGUUGGGAAUUGUAGAACAGUUUCUGAUGGUGUUAUAGUAGACCUUCUUGGUGAACCCUCUCUGUUGGCUCUUUCUAGAAUGCAGCGGACACUUCCUAUUAACUUGGUGUUACCUCCAGCUUAUUCACUGUUUGCCUUUAUGGUCUGGAGGCCUUUUAUCUUCAGUAUCUCCACAGGAAGUCGCGAGGAGAUUCCCCAGUUGCUGCAAUCUUUAUCAUUAGCUAUAAGUGAUGCAAUAAAACAUAUGCCUUUUCGAGAUAUUUGUCUGAGAGAUACUCAUGGUUUCUUUGAUCUUGUUACUUCUGAUGCUACAGAUGCCGAGUUUGCAGCCAUUUUAGAGUUGAAUGGCUCCGAUAAACAUUUAAAGGCUAAAGCGUUUAUCCCUCUGCGUGCCAGGCUUUUUCUUAAUGCGUUAGUUGACUGUAAAUUGCCACAUUCUUUGUCUUUACAGGAUGAUGGUGGCCGAUUGUCUGGGGCUAAUGAGCUUAAGGUUCAAUUUGGGGAAAGUGAAACUAAGAUUUCAGACAGGCUUGUACGUGCAUUGGAUACCUUACAACCUGCUAAAUUUCAUUGGCAGUGGGUGGAGCUUAGGCUUUUUCUUAGUGAGCUAAUCCUCAUUACUAAACUUGAUUCUAGUGAUAAACAAUCAAUUGCGGAGGUCAUCCGCUCCCUUCCGCCUAAUUCUGACAAGGGUGGUUCUCAGGAGAAUGAGAAUAGCUUCAUUCCGAUUGUUCUUACUAGGUUAUUGGCAAGACCAGAUGCUGCUCCCUUACUUUCAGAAGUAGUGCACCUUUUUGGAAGAUCAUUGGAGGAUUCAAUGUUGUUAUAUGUUAGGUGGUUCUUAGAAGGAUCGGAUGUGCUUUUUGGAAGGAAAUCUAUUAGGCAGCGGCUUGUGAACUUUGCAGAAAGUAAGAGCUUUUCUACCAAGGCUCAAUUCUCAAAACCUUGGGGCUGGUGUAAUUCUAGUUCUGAUGCUUUAGGAUCUAGGGGAGAUAAAAGGAGAUUUGAAACUCCAUCUGUUGAAGAAGGUGAAGUUGUUGAAGAUGAUUUCAAAAGACAUGGUAAAGGUGGUUCGAAGAUGUCGGAUCAUGAAGGUCUCAACACAAGCCAGCAGUUUGUGACAGAGAGAGCUCUUGUUGAGUUAGUUCUUCCUUGCAUCGAUCAAAGUUCUGAUGAUUCUCGCAUUAGGUUUGCAAGUGAACUGAUUAAGCAGAUGAAUAAUAUUGAGCAACAAAUCAGUGGGGUUAUUUCUGGAUCCGGUAAACAGACAGGAUCAUCUCCUUCUGGAUCUGAAAUCUCUACUAAUAAGGCUAGUGGUAGAAAAAGCAUGAAAGGAAGUAGCCCUGGCUUACACCGGAGAACAACAACUGUAGCUGCUGAUUCAAGUCCAUCCUCACCUGCCGCUCUGCGGGCAUCUGUAUCAUUACGGCUGCAGCUCCUUGUGAGAUUGCUUCCUACUAUUUGUGCUGAUGGGGAUCCCUCUGGUCGCAGUUCCAGAUUCAUGCUUGCAUCAGUUAUUCUCCGUCUUCUUGGAAGUAGGGUCGUCUAUGGAGAUAUGGACUUUUCUCUCAACACUGGGCGAGGAUCGCCGGUGACGGAGGCAGAGUUACAGAUGGAAACCUGUGCUGAAGUUUCAUUCGAUUUAUCAGGGAAGAACUUAUUUGAGUGGUUGUUGCUAGUGUUACAUGCACUACUAAGUAGUUCUCAAACUAGUUGGCUCAGAACAAAAUCUUCAUUCAAAGUUGCUCCAACUAAAGACUUUACUGGCUUUGACCGCGAGGCAUUGGAGAACUUACAGAUGGAGUUGGACCGGAUGCAAUUGCCUGAUGCAGUACGGUGGCGUAUUCAGGCAGCCAUGCCAGUUCUUGCAGCUAAUGCACGGACUGUUAUAUCUUGCCAACCUCCUCCUCUUUCAUCUACCAUUCUCGCUUCACUUCAAUCCAGUUUCUCAUUUCCAUAUAACCAAGCACACCUGUUGCCGAAGAAUUCAGUGCCAUCUAUUCGUACUGCUACAUCUGUUGCCACGCUGGGAAAAUCAAAAUCAGCUGCUUUACAACCAGAUUUUGAUUUAGAGGUUGACCCAUGGAUGCUUUUGGAAGAUGGGGCUGGUUCAUGCCCUUCGUCAAGCAACACUGCAGUAAUGGGUGGUGGUGAUCAUGCUAACCUUAGAGCAUCCAGUUGGCUGAAAGGCGCCGUCAGAGUGAGACGGACUGAUCUCACAUACAUUGGUGCAGUGGAUGAUGAUAGUUAAUCCUAUUUAACCUUGUAAUUUGUUUGGUAUCAGGAUGAACCAAUCCUUCAGAGAAGUAUAUCAAUUAUUCAUACGGUGUUUUAAGAAGGUGAUUCAUCAUUCUUCUUGCUGCCCUCUGCCAUUUGCCUGAGGAGGGGGCAGUUGAAUACAAAAUACAUCGUUACUUUCUGUUCUCGGGCCCAAAGAUACGUAAAGCUGCAUCCUAGAUUCUUGUCUGUACCCAACAUGGCCCGCUCACCUGAAGUCUGGUUCAUCAAUUAACCUUGAUCACCACUGCCAGUAGCACGGGUUGGAGGCUUGUAUAUAAUUAGAUAUAAUGGUAACCUCAAUCGGCUGAGCUGGUAAAAUUUAUGCUCUGUAGAGUCUUUGUAAUUUUGAAAUAUGUUGCCCCAUUCAUGUUCUGUAAUGCUUCGGCCCUCGAGUACAUAUAUAUAUAUAUACAUAUAUAUACAUAUAUAUAUAUAUAUUUAUAUAUAUAUAUAUAUAUAUAUAUAUAUGUGUGUGUGUGUGUAUCCCCAACCCGAAAUUCUGGCUGGUUGCUAUCCUUAUUGUAAAAUGUUGAUGGGGAAUGGAUCAGGUGUUCUGUUUAGAUUUGGAAGUUGGAACUCAGCAUUGAAGAAAUGCCAUUGUAGAUGAUGUAUCUGAAUUUGGCUUUUUGCUUAACUUGUUAUUGAAACAGAGUUAGCAUUCACCACAGAUAUAUCUGAUCUCAAAUAGCCUUCUUUUUUACUUGUUUCUUCAAGUUUCCUUUUUUUUUUUUUUUUUUUUUUUUUUUUUUUUUUUUUAAUUAGUGGGUUAUUUGGUGCAUUGCUGUUUUACUAUUCAUUGGAUAAUCUUGUCAAUGUGAUGCUAAAAGUAAAUGUAAUUUUUUGUUUAUUUGGUGAACAAUUGUGAAAUAUAUGAAAAUAUGUUCAUUCCAUAGAAGAGAUUGGUGUUUGGUUUAUUACAAUUUAGUUUAAAUUUAUUCAGUUCGUUUUACAUUGAAUCAAUUCAAUUCAAUACAAUUUAGUUUUCUUCAACUCA